AUGCCUCGCGCCGCACACGUCUUCGAGCCAGGGCUGGGUGCCUCACAAUCGCCCUUGCUCGAGUCACUCAUCCGCGAACACCUGGAGCGCGCCACGCACGACUUGGACAUGAAUACGCCGCCCCCUUCGACACUAGGCUCCGAGGACUUGCUACUCAACGACAUGGGCGACUACCUUUGUCGCACGGCCACGCUGUGGGCCUAUCUGACGGACCGCCUCUUGAAGGGGCCUCACCUGGAGCAGGCUGCCUUUAGGGCUCAUGAACGCUCCCGUACCGGCACCGGCAUGUCGGAUCUGACCGAGGUUGCUCGGGUAGAUAUUGACAUCACUCGGCUUCGUAAAAUCAGGGAUAUGACGCUCGAAUUUUCUCAUAAGGUUCAGUCCACUUGGCGGCCGCGGAUGAUAAACUCGCCGCCGGGCAUGCAGGCCACAUCCAUUUCGCCCUUUUGUGACGCCAAGCUCUCCAUUGUGUCCAACAAGUCCAUGUCGGUGUCGAGCGACGGCGGCGAACGCUCGCUCAAGGCACGCAAGCUCUUGCCGGACAGCCACGUUCAGCUCCACCCUGACGUUGGCCACCGAUCGGACGAGUCGGACGAGUCGGACGACGAAAUGUUCCUUGACAUUGACAUGGAGGCCCUGCGGCAAAGGGGCAAGGGCACAUAUUCUUGCCCAAAGGCUUAUCAAUGCAAAAAGGGAGGGGUUGAUAAGGAGGGCAACCUCGUCAUCUUCGACCGCAACUCGUCUUUCGCGCAGCACUGUAACAAACAUCGCAAGCCCUGGCGGUGUGACAUACCAGGAUGCCCCAACCCGCCAAAGAAGCGGAGGUUUGCUCGCCGGGACGGUUUAGAAAGGCACAAGGCCACGGUCAAGCAUUACGUCGUGACGUGA